GGGAGGGGAGCGCUCAGUCAUAUACCGGGCCGGAGCAGCUGGGUGAGUGGACGGGGGUUGUGCAGGCGGCAUGGAGGACAGCUCAGAUACCGUCUUUGUUCCGGCGAACGCCGCUCCCUCCGCCAAGAUGGACGAUGAGCAGAGCCUCCACGUCUUCAUGCAGGAUUUCCGGACGCGGUUCAUGAGCCAGAGCAGCGAGGAGAUGAUGCUGCAGGAGAUAAAGGACUCGUACAAGAAGUCGCUGCAGAACCUCGCCGAUUCUUGGGCCAAAAAAUGCAGAGAAGGAGAAACGAUGGUCGAGAAAGUCCUGGAGUUCAGAGAUGCGAUUGAGAACCAGAACAAGCGCAUCGAGGAGAAGCAGGACACCAUCUUGAGAGAGAUCGCCAAAGUGAAGGAGAACGAGAAGAUGAACGCAGAGCUGUCCGAACACAUCCAGGGGUUACGGGAAGAACUUGCCCGCAAGAGGGAACUUGCUUUGGCAAGCAAGAAAGCAAAUAAAGACAAGCUGAAGGAGCUGCACAAGUCGGCCACUUUAUUCAAGGAGCGUCUGGGGCUGGAGAUCCGUAAAGUGCAAGGUGACCGGCUACAGUUUAUCUUCAGGUGCAUUAAUCCCAAAGACCUGGAGGAGCCGUAUUCCUGCAUAAUUUAUUUUAACAAGGAAGGGGAAUAUCAGCUUACAGGGUGUGAUCCUCCCCUGGAGUCUAUCGCGGAGUACGAGAGGAAAGUACGAGAAACCAAGAACUUCUCAGCGCUGCUUGCCAACCUGCGCAAAUCCUUUGCCGCAUUAUGUACUCAAGUGAAGUAAUCCGUCCUUCUCCUAGUCCUCUCCUCUUGUAUGUACUUUUACAUGUUCUUGUGUAUUGUUAUAAUAAAUCUGUGACUUUC